GAAUUAUAUGGGUUAGGUACUUCCAUAUUAACUAGAUAUGGAGACAAAUUUGUUAUUAUCAGGAGUUUCUAAACGAAAAUGUAUUCAAAUCCCAAAACUCUGUGCCAAGAAAGAAAAAAAAGCUUCCAUAAAAAGGGUUGCUCUUAUUCUUCAAAAGUGUGAAUCACAACGAACAGAAGAUGAAAGAAUAUUGUUGUUAACUUGUGAAGAUGAAAUUGCAGAAAUAGAAUCAAGACAAGCUAGAACCAAAAAAAUUAAAGAUAGAUGUCAAGAAGUUGAAGAUCCUCCUGACCUACUAGGUGAUAAAUGCAAAUUACUAAUUGAGGCUGUAUCGAAAGCUAAUCACCUAAUAGUUUACACUGGUGCUGGCAUCAGUACAUCAGCUCAAAUACCAGAUUAUCGUGGCUCACAAGGAAUUUGGACUUUACUACAGAAAGGAAAAGAAAUAGGCAAUCAUGAUCUCUCACUGGCUGAACCUACUCUGACACAUAUGGCAUUGUAUGAAUUACAUAAAAAGGGUUUUGUGAAAUAUAUUGUGUCACAAAAUUGUGAUGGUUUACAUUUGCGGUCUGGUCUUCCUAAAGCUGCUUUGUCAGAGGUUCAUGGAAAUAUGUACAUUGAAGUUUGUCGAAAAUGUCAACCGACUAGGCCUUAUUGGAGGCUUUUUGACACAACAGAAUUAACAGGUCGAUAUGCUCACAAAACAAGAAGAAAAUGCAGGCAUUGUGGAGAUGCAUUAGUCGAUUCUAUAGUCCAUUUUGGUGAAAGAGGUACUUUACCAUGGCCCUUAAAUUGGAAAGGUGCGAUUAGACAUUCAGAACAGGCAGAUGUGAUUUUGUGUUUAGGUUCCAGUUUAAAGGUCUUAAAACGAUAUCCAUGGCUUUGGGCUAUGGAUAGACCAGCCAAAAAACGACCAAAAAUUUAUAUAGUUAAUCUUCAAUGGACACCAAAAGACGAAUGUGCCAUAUUAAAAAUUAAUGGUCGAUGUGACGAAGUGAUAAAAAGAUUAAUGGCAGGAUUACAAAUUGAUAUUCCUACGUACGAAAGGCACAAAGAUCCAUUGUUUGCGCAUGCAACACCUUUGCAAGAGGAGGAGCAACAUACUACAACACAGCCUGUUUUAACAAAAUGCAAAGUGUCAAAAGAAAAUAUUAAAAUUGAGGCAACAGAAUCUUAUAUUGCCAAAUCUGAAUGUGAUGUUGAAGUAGAUUGCAAAAGUAAAAAUAUUACCAUGGAACAUGAUAAAGUUGAGAAUAGUGAAGCAUCAGAAAUUAAAACUGAAGUAGAUAAAGUCAAGAUUGACCCAUGUGACUCUAGUAAUGAUUAUGAGCAAAUUUUGAAAAAUAAUGAUUCCAAUAAUAUUAUUGUGGAUCAACAAAAUAUUAGUUGUAAUAGUUUAUUAAAUGAUCAAGACUCAUUAUCUAUAAUUCCAAAUCAUAAUUUUAGUAUAAAUAAUAGUCCUACAGCCUGUGAUAAACAUUUAAAACACUCUAACUAUUGCACCAAGUUAGAAACAUUGCCUGAUAAUAACAUUAAUUUAAAUAUUAUUGAAUCAUCUCAUGAUUUAAAUGAUGAAGUUCAGGGUAAUACAAAAGUAGUAUUAGAUGAUAAAAUAUUUCCUAAUCAAUCUAUUUUAGUCUCCCCAACAAAAUCAUCUCUAUUUUCAAUAGACAGUAUACUCAAUUCAACUAAAUCACCAAAUAAUAAAGAUAAUAUAAAGUCUCACAUUGUCAAGAUUGAAAAUUCAGAAACGGAAAUAGCACCGAAAAAAAUAAAAUUAGUGGCGGCUGAUGAUCCACAAGACUUUAAUAGGACAACAGUUUGUCAUAAUAAAUAUGACCCUAGUAUAAAAUUUACUUCUCGAAGUAAAUAUUUAAAUAAUUUUAUUCCUCCAAAUUAUCAGCAUGACUUUCACAUAAAUAGCAUAUCACAAAUUUCCCAACAAAAUUUGUUAAAUCGUAUUUUUAUGAAUCCUGUACAACAAUCAUAUAUAAGUUCUGAGAGCAUAUCCCAUCCAUUUACAUUUGGAUAUUAUGAAGCACUAAUGAAUUAUUAUGCUACUCUAAAUCAAAGAAUAGAACCGCAGUUAGGACAUUCAAAGCUAGUUUACAGCGGAUUACAUAGCAUUAUACCCAUAAAUGAAAAUAUUUCAGUUGCCGAAAACACAGCCUAUCAAGAUAUUAAGACCAAUUUUGCCUCUGAAAAUGCUGUCAUUAAAAAAAAGAACAAAAGAAGUUCAUUAACAAAUAAAAAGAGCGAAAAGAAGGAAGAAGACCCUGAAUCAUAUAUUACAAACAAUGAAUAUGAUAUAAGUCAACAAAAACCCAAACAAGUUGAAUGUGAUUUUUGCCAGGAAAACUAUCAUAGUUUCAUUUGUCUAUUUUAUAAGAGAGAACAAGAUUUUUUCAGAAUUAAAGUUGAACGAAAAGGUAAAUCAAUUUUUUGUGUUUGCUGUGAUUAUACAGACAGUUCUGAAGAUGAGGAAUUAAAUAAUAAAGUUGAAAAUACAUUAAAAAAUGAGGUAAAAUUAAAAACUAAAAUAUCUGAAGAACUCACUAACGCUAAAGUGAAGUCAGAUGAUAGUGAUUCUUUAGCAGAAAAUGAAGAAGAGAAAAUUGAUGACAAAUCUAAUAAAAUACAAGCCGGUUGGUUUGGAAAAGGAUAUAGAAAGAAUAGGAAGAAACGCAGGAUGUAACCGGCAUUAAUUUGCGGAAUCGGUAGCUGUAUAAUAUUUAUUUUUCACAACAGUAUUUUGUGAUCUCUCAGAUUUAAGAAAGAAUGUUGGGUAAAUACUAAAGUUAUGUAUUUAUUGAGGUCAACAGGGUGAUAAUUGUGUUGAUUGUAUUUAUUUCUGUGUUAU